AUGUAUAUGCCAUUUUUUAAUAUAUUAAAAAAAAAUAAUAAUUUUUUAAAAACAUUUCUUGAAGGAAAAAAUAAAACGAAAUUAUGUAAUUUUCUAAAGUGUACAAUUAACACAAAAUCGAUAACGGUGAAAAUAGAACCUAGACACAAGAAACAACUGAAAUUAUUUCAAAUCGGUCAUUUCGAUAAUGUCUUAAGUAAUGUACAAAAAAAAAAAAAUGCAGUAAAGAACAUUAACCCAAUACCUAUAUACAAUCUCUUUAACAGUUCUGCAAUCAUACUAAAUAGUAAUGUAUACAAAGAAGGUAGUUUAAGAAGAGUACUUUAUUUUAAGUGGAAAGCCAGAAAAUCAUAUAAAAAAAGGGUUAUGAAUUUACCUUCUACUAAGUCACGAAGAAGAUAUGCACAAAAAAAUAGAUGA